GGACUUACUGCGCUGUGCGCGUGUGCCGCGCGCUGAUUGGCUGGCUGCGCCGCGUGCGCCUGCCGCCGCUUCCUGUCAUGCCUGCGCGCGGGGUUGCAUCAGCGCGGGCUGUGCGGCGGGGCGCUGAGAAAAGAAGCUCAGCAUAAGUUUGAGACCGCUGUAGUACAGUCUGCAGACCUUGAUGCCUUUGCUGUUGAAUGUGACUGUCUUUUAGAACAAAAUGGUUCAACAAGUUCCAGAAAACAUAAGUUUUCCAAAUGAGGAAGAGAAGAUCCUGGAGCUCUGGAAGAAGCUUAAUUGUUUCCAGGAAUGCCUAAAGCAGUCAAAGAACAGACCUAGGUUUAACUUCUAUGAUGGCCCUCCAUUUGCUACUGGGCUUCCACACUAUGGCCAUAUUCUUGCAGGAACAAUUAAGGACAUAGUUACCAGAUUUGCUCAUCAGAGUGGUUUUCAUGUUGACAGAAGAUUUGGAUGGGAUUGCCAUGGCUUACCUGUGGAAUAUGAGAUUGACAAAACCUUAGGCAUCAAAGGGCCAGAGGAUGUGGCAAAGAUGGGGAUUGCAGAAUACAACAACCAGUGCAGAGGAAUUGUGAUGAGAUACUCAAAGGAAUGGGAGUUCAAUGUUACCAGAUUAGGACGCUGGAUUGAUUUUGAAAAUGACUACAAAACACUUUAUCCUGAAUUCAUGGAGUCCGUGUGGUGGGUUUUCAAGCAGCUUUAUGACAAGGGACUGGUAUAUAGAGGUGUUAAAGUCAUGCCUUUUUCUACUGCUUGCAAUACCCCAUUGUCAAAUUUUGAGUCCCAUCAGAAUUACAAGGAUGUUCAAGACCCUUCAGUGAUUGUGAGUUUCCCACUGGUUGAAGAUGCAAGUAUCUCCCUUGUUGCUUGGACCACUACACCUUGGACUUUACCUAGCAAUCUGGCCCUUUGUGUUAACCCAGAACUACAGUAUGUAAAAUUGAGAGAUAAGGCUACAGGAAAGAUUUACAUCUUGAUGGAAUCCAGGCUGAUAGCACUGUACAAAUCUGACAGUGAAUACGAGAUACUGGACAGGUUUCCUGGCAUUGUUCUAAAAGGCAAGAAGUAUAAACCACUCUUUGAAUAUUUUAUUCAGUGCAAAGAUAAAGGUGCCUUUACUGUGCUGGUAGACAGUUAUGUGAAGGAGGAAGAAGGCACAGGUGUCGUUCAUCAAGCCCCCUAUUUUGGUGCUGAUGAUUACAGAGUCUGCAUGGAUUUUAAUAUUAUUCAGAAAGAUUCUGUCCCAGUGUGUCCUGUUGAUGUGUCAGGCUGCUUCACAGCUGAAGUGACCGAUUUUGCUGGACAGUAUGUGAAGGAUGCAGAUAAGAACAUCAUUAAAUUACUGAAGGAGAAAGGCAGGCUGGUUCACAACAGUAGUUACAAACACAGCUAUCCAUUCUGCUGGAGGUCAGAUACUCCAUUGAUAUACAAAGCUGUGCCAAGCUGGUUUGUAAGAGUAGAGCACAUGGUGGAGAAGCUACUGGAGAAUAAUGCCCAAUGCUACUGGGUUCCGGAUUUCGUGAGGGAGAAGCGUUUUGGGAACUGGCUGAAAGAUGCACGAGAUUGGGCUAUAUCUAGAAACCGGUACUGGGGAACACCCAUCCCACUGUGGGUCAGUGAUGACUUUGAAGAGGUAGUUUGUAUUGGUUCAAUGGCAGAACUGGAAGAGCUGUCAGGAGUGAAAGUCACUGAUCUCCAUCGGGAAAGUAUUGAUCACCUAACCAUCCCUUCACGCUGCGGCAAAGGCGUUUUGCACCGGGUCCCUGAAGUUUUUGAUUGCUGGUUUGAGAGUGGAAGCAUGCCUUAUGCACAAGUGCAUUAUCCAUUUGAAAACAAAAAAGAACUUGAAGAUGCUUUUCCUGCUGACUUCAUUGCUGAAGGCAUUGACCAAACCCGAGGAUGGUUCUACACUUUGCUGGUGCUGUCCACUGCUCUUUUUGGAGGACCUCCUUUCAAGAAUGUAAUUGUAAAUGGCCUAGUUCUUGCCAGUGAUGGCCAAAAAAUGAGCAAAAGGAAGAAGAAUUAUCCCGAUCCAAUGGCUAUUGUAAAUAGUUAUGGAGCUGAUGCACUAAGGUUAUAUCUUAUCAAUUCUCCAGUGGUAAGAGCAGAAAACUUGAGAUUUAAGGAGGAAGGAGUAAGGGACGUACUGAAGGAUGUCUUCCUGCCCUGGUACAAUGCAUAUCGCUUUCUAGUUCAGAACGUUCACAUCCUGCAACAUAAGGAUGAGGGAAGAGAAUUCCUUUACAAUGAGAACACAGUUAAGGAGAGCAAUAACAUCAUGGAUAAAUGGAUUCUUUCUUUCACCCAAUCGCUCAUUCAGUUCUUCAAAGCUGAGAUGGCAGCUUACAGGCUGUACACAGUAGUCCCUCGGUUAGUGAAGUUUGUAGACGUUCUGACCAACUGGUAUGUGAGAAUGAAUCGCAGAAGACUGAAGGGUGAGAAUGGGACUGAGGACUGCAUUAUGGCCCUGGAAACCUUGUUCAGCGUUUUGUUUUCCAUGUGCAGACUUAUGGCUCCGUAUACUCCAUUUAUCACUGAACUGAUGUACCAGAAUCUGAAGACACUAAUUGAUCCAGCCUCAGUUCAGGAGAAGAAUACUGAAAGCAUCCACUACCUCAUGCUUCCCCCAGUGAGGGAGGAUCUGAUCGACAGAAAAAUUGAAAAUGCUGUUUCUUGUUUGCAGUCUGUUAUUGAGCUUGGACGAGUAAUCAGAGACAGAAAAACCAUUCCAGUAAAGUAUCCUUUGAAAGAAGUAGUUGUUAUCCAUCAAGACCCAGAGGCUCUGGAAAACAUCAGGUCUUUGGAGAAGUACAUACUUGAGGAGCUUAACGUACGCCAGGUGACAUUAUCCACAAAUAAAGAUAAAUAUGGAGUCCGGCUGAGAGCAGAACCUGACCACAUGGUGCUUGGGAAGCGUUUGAAAGGUGCAUUUAAGCCUGUCAUGGCUGCAAUCAAAGAGCUGAAGAGUGAGCAGCUGGAGGAAUUCCAAGAGACAGGCACCAUUGUUGUAGAAGGACAUGAGCUUCAUGGGGAGGAUCUACGUCUCAUGUAUACUUUUGAUCAGGUUGCAGGAGGAUCUGCCCAGUUUGAGGCACACUCUGAUGCUCAGGUUUUAGUUCUGCUGGAUGUUACCCCAGACCAGUCUAUGGUGGAUGAAGGAGUGGCCCGGGAAGUGAUCAACCGCAUUCAGAAGCUUCGCAAAAAGCGAAAUCUGGUUCCCACAGAUGAGAUUACAGUGUACUACAGAUCAUAUCCAGAAGGUGAUUACUUGGAUACUGUCAUUAAGGAACACACAGAUUUCAUUUUUGCAACUAUAAAGGCUGCCCUGAAGCCUUACCCGGUUCCUACCUCAAAAGAAGUUCUCAUCCAGGAGACAACCCAGCUGAAGGGAUCAGAACUAGAAAUUACACUUGUCAGAGGUGGUUUGUGUGAGCGUGUUGGUCCAGCCUGUGCCUACGUCAACCUCAAAGUCUGUGUUAAUGGGACAGAGCAAGAUGGUGUGUUGCUGCUGGAAAAUCCAAAAGGAGAUAAUACCUUGAAUCUCACUGGACUUGUUGAUGCAGUCUCCUGCAUUUUUGGACUUAAAAAUUCAAAACUGACAGUAUAUAAUGGAAAAACAGAACUGAUAAACAAAACUGACUUGCUUAGUCUCAGUGGAAAGACUCUGCAUGUGACAACGGGGUCAGCACCUGCUCUCAUCAGCUCUCCUGAUGCUCUUCUCUGCCAGUAUAUCAACUUGCAGUUAGUAAAUGCAAAACCACAAGAGUGUCAGAAAGGAACAGUGGGAACGCUUUUAAUGGAAAACCCAGUUGGUCAGAAUGGAUUAACAUACCAUGGUCUUCUACAUGAAACAGCAAAAGUUUUUGGGCUCAGAAGCAGGAGGUUAAAAUUGUUCCUGGAUGAAGCAGAGACUCAGGUUCUGGAAUACUGGAAAAACACUCUUCAAAUUAGAAAUUUGAAGGGUCUUGAAGUUGGAAGGGAUCUACAAAGAUUAUCAGCUCCAACGGAACGUCCAAGUGAGAUCACAAAGGACAUCUCCAUGAAGAACCUGAACAUGAAGACUGUAUAUGUCAGUGUUAUACCCACCACAGCUGAAUGUUGAGAAUUCCAUUUUUAUGAAUAAGACCGUGUGGACUUUUUUCCACAAAAAUGAAAUCAAACUAGUAUGCUUUUAGGUUAACAUCCAAGUUGUGUAUGGUAAUUCUAGCAUCUCAGAUUGCACACAGGAUGUUUUUACCAGUGCAUGUCUAAUAUGCUGCUCUUUGGUUUCAAAUACAAUGUAUUUUCAUUGUUAUCUUACAAUAUUGUAAAAGCUGUUUGGAAACAUGUCCAACUCCUUAACCCUAGAUAUCUAUGCAGAUUUGCCUGAAAGAAAUGGGACUUGUACCUCAGUGAUGCUGUUCUCUGCCUGCCCUUCUGCAGAGGGUACCUUUGAUUUUCUAAACCAUGGGUUACCUACAAGGCUCUGUGAUGCAUAUACCCUGUGGCAAUAGCUUUGAACAUAAAGGGUUACCUGGAUUUGUUCCCUCAUACUAGCUGGAUUUUCAUGAAGUGUGUGGUUGUUGAUUUAAAAUACUCCCUGAAUUCAACAGUUUGAACAAUAAAUUCGCUUCACCUGCAAACUCA